UCACCAAACCACGCAUUCCUCGUAGCUCCGUUCUGACUUUGAUAAUAAAUCCUCGAACUUAGCUUGUUCAAAAUAAUUGUCACCCCACUCCCCCCUAUAUAUACACACAUGUAUAUCUCCGUAUUUGUGGUCCAUAACUAACCCAAUCUCUUUUCCCUCAUCUCAUUAGUUUAUUCUACCUGUAGAAAUGCCCUCGAAGACAUGGUACGUUCUUCCUCUUCUUCUCUUGGUUGCAAAAUCCAUGCAACAUUCUGUUCAUGGGGAACCGGAAGUGCCUUGCCUCUUUAUCUUUGGUGACUCUCUGUCUGAUGAUGGAAACAACAACAACCUUCCAACAUCUACAAAAUCCAAUUACAAUCCAUAUGGCAUCGAUUUUCCUACAGGUCCAACUGGGAGAUUCACAAACGGACCAACUGCAAUUGACAUAAUUGGCCAACUACUGGGAUUUGAGAAUUUCAUCCCACCAUUUGCAAACACCAGUGGCUCAGACAUACUUAAAGGUGUGAAUUAUGCAUCCGGUGCUGCUGGAAUUCGCAUUGAGAGCGGCACGCAUUUGGGUGCUGAUAUCAGCUUGGGAUUACAGUUAGCACACCAUAAAAUCAUAGUUUCCAGAAUUGCAGCCAAACUUGGAGGUUUUGACAAAGCAGCAACAUAUCUUAACAAGUGCUUGUAUUACGUGAAUAUAGGGAGUAAUGAUUAUAUAAACAACUACUUCCUUCCACAGUACUAUCCAACAAGCCACAUUUAUACUCUGGAACAGUAUACGGAAGUUCUUAUUGACCAGUUAUCUCAAUAUAUAGAGGAUCUCCAUGUUUAUGGGGCAAGAAAGUACGUUAUGGUUGGUGUGGGACUUAUAGGUUGCACUCCAAAUGCCAUAGCUACUGGUGGGAAUGGAACUUGUGUUGAAGAGAAGAAUGCUGCUGCAUACCUUUUUAACGACAAGCUUAAGUCUACAGUGGAUGAAUUCAAUGACAACUACUCUGCUGAUUCCAAAUUUAUCUUUAUAAACAGUACAGCUGGAACCAUUGACACUUCACUUGGUUUUACGGUUUUCACUACAAGUUGCUGUCAAACAGUAGCGGCAACUGGACUUUGCAUUCCGAAUCAGACUCCAUGCCAGAAUAGAGAUGAGUAUGUCUUUUGGGAUGCAUUCCAUCCUACAAAAGCUGUCAACAUACUCACUGCAUAUGCUUCAUAUAAUGGUUCUGAUCCAAACUUCACUUAUCCGGUGGAUAUCGAGCACCUUGUUGAGUCGUUUCAGACUAGUUUAAGUGCAUGGUGACCUACCUAUGCGCGGAUGGAUAUUAAUACUAUAAUAUGAAUAAAAUAACCGUGUGGAAGCUUCUUAUUAGUUUUGGAAUAAGGAAAUAUUGCUUCACGGGUGUGAAGAGCUUGAAUCCUGCUGCAAGAUUUGCUGUUUUUGAUGUUUAAUAAAUUGUAACUAGCCAAUAGGUUAGUUUGGGGAGGAUUUUAGAGCUUUUAAAGAUAAUGAGUUGUUUGCAGGUUGGAUGUAUCUUUUCACCACUGUCAUGAGAAAGUUGUUCUCAUGUUUUUUUUUUUACUAAAUUCAAUAAACUGUUUUGCUUCCGGGAAAAAAAA